UUCAUCACCAUAUAGAAUGAUUGGAUCAAUUUCCAAAGAGAUUCAAGUGAACGUUCCAUCAAUCAAAGCAUGGGAGCUAUACAGUUCCCAAGCUCUCGCAAAAAUAACAGAAGAAAAACUCAAAAACGUAAUCGAAAAACUCAAAACCGAAGGAGACGGAGGUGUUGGUACAAUCGUAGAGAUCGUAUUUACACCAGGUGGAGCGCAGGGAUUUAGAUCUUAUAAAGAGAAAUUUACAAAGAUUGAUCAUGAAAAGAGAGUGAAGGAGACGGAAGUAAUAGAAGGAGGUUACCUGGAUUUAGGUUUCAAUCUGUUUCGCGUGAGAUUUGAGAUAAUCGAUAAGGAAGAAGGAACGUCGUGUAUUACCAGAUCUACGAUUGAGUAUGAUGUUAAGGAAGAGUUUGAAGACAAUGCAUCUUUCGUUAACAUUGAACCGCUAGUCAUGCUCAUGCAAGCCGCCGCAGAUAUCCUCCUCAUUGCCAAAGCCAAUGGCCAUAACUAGUCUCUCCCUAUCUCUCUCAACUAAUUAAAUUAUGAUA